UUAGUUAAAAUGAAUGUGUUGCCGCAAGCGAUCCUACAGAGCCCAGGGGAGCAUCCGAGGUUCAUAGAGCAGACGGUUUGCCCCUCAUUAGACUUUGCGAGGAUUCAUUUGAUCAAAGACAAAGAUGGCUUAGAUGAUUAUUUGGCGAAGAAUAUCAAAGGGUUGUCAAAACAAGAAGCUGCUGCUAACAGGAAUUCAUACAAGAAGAACAUCUGCAUAGACAUGCUGCGACAGGGUUAUCACGAGUCCUUCUCAGAGCUCUUCACUCUGAUACAGAAGUGGGAUGCCUUGAGGGAGGCUGCAGGGCCUGGGUCAGCCAUAUGGCAGCAGAAGUCCCUGGAGAAGCAGCCUGAUAAGCUGGAUCAGCUUUACCACUUCCUGACCAGGGCUGAGGCAGCCCAGCGAGCAGGACACUAUGAGGAGGUGUACGAUAACCAGCUUAACUUGGCCUACUGUUUCAGCGACCCUGAGGAUAAAUGGUUAAGCAAUUACUUUUAUGAGCAAUCCUUUAACACUGCUCAACUGAUAAAAAAUGAUGAUGGGAAAAGACAAGCACAAGCACAUGCAAAUAUGGGCAUCAUCAAUGAGGAACAAGGUCAUGUCAUGAAAGCUGCUGAGCAUUAUGAAGCAUUUUAUCAGCUAACAAAGGGUUCGACAUGGAAGGAUGAGACAGACCAUACUUACAAUUCACUGGCGUGUGAGCUUCUCUGGAGAAUUUAUACAUUGCUAGCAGACAAAAUGCUAGAAAAUAAAGAACACCAACAGGCCAUCGAAAUGCUAAUAAAAGCUUUAACAAUGGCAAGAAAAG